AUGACUGUCAACCUCCUCCGUCGGCUCAAGAAAAAAUUUCAAACUAAAAAAUGGUGCAGAAGAGACGUCACAGGACUAAACGUGCUCAUCAAUUUGUUUAAAGUAAUUGGUUUAUUUCCAUGUGCCAUUGACACAUCAGUCUCCCUAAAAUUUUUCCCUUCUCGACUCUGUGUCUUCCACCACGUCGCGUUGAUCGUAAUCCUCGGUUACUUCAAUUUCUUCGUGGGAAUUCCGGCAAUAAUACGAAGCAAAAGGACCUCUGGUGCGUUGAAUCUGGGGAAUAUCUUGGAGCUGAUCUACGUUGGAACCUCCACAGCAAUCGUUAUUCUCAUCUGGAUCGUCUACAUUCUGUUCCGUUCCAAAUUAACGGGUUUUGGAAACCGAGUGGUGGGGACUGACGCAAUUACACGUCGAUUCGGAGAUAAUUAUCAAUUGGAAUCUGUCAAGACCCAGUGGAUAGUCUUCGGAAUAAUAUAUUUAAUAAUAUUCAACUUCUUUUUGUUCAGUGAUAUUUUUUUUCGUAAUCAAGUCACGUCACAGGUACUACCCUCCAUCAUCCUGCUUCUAUUUGUAAUACAGUACACCUUAAUUGUGCAAAUUAUGAGGCGACGUGUGAGGGCUUUGAACAAAAUGAUUCUACGGAACGAUCGGAACCCCGGAAAUGACGAGAUCUUCAGGACUUUCGAGUCCUGGAGAGAAGCGCAAGACCAGAUUUAUGAAGCUGGUGUCGUAAUCGCCGAUUUUUACUCAUUUCCGAUUCUGUUCGUUAUGGGGCUCGCUGUUUACGGUGUUGUUUACAAUAGUUAUUAUUUAUUGAAGCACUGGAAUCGCGACGAUUAUCAGGUUCGAACGUAUUUUCGUCUCCUGGACGACGCGGUGUGGAUCGCUCAUUUUUUAAUUCCGAUUGUUCUUCUGGUGGUUGAAAUUGAUGAUCUCCUCCACGAGGUCAAGGAAAAAGCUGUUGUGUGUCGCAAAUUGUUGGUGAGAUAUCAAGAACAUCAAGAGCUUCGAUGUCAGAUUAAAAAGUAUCUGUACGAACUGCUGCACGAAAAUAUCAACUUCACCGCGUUUGGAUUUUUUUUGCUGAACAGAACUGUUCUGCAUUCGAUGUUUGCAACGACGGUAACAUAUCUCGUCCUCAUACUGUACUAUCUCAAUCCUCGUUGA